AUGGCCUACCAGGUUGUCGCGCACUACAACUACAAUAAGGUGGGCAAUGAGUACGACGACGAGGACGCCAGGGCGUCGUUGUCGUCGGCCGCGCGCGCUUCUUGUAUGCCGUGGGACUUCAAGCGUGAGCCUGAGUCGAGUCGAGCCGACGCCAACAAGAAUGCUCGAUGCUAUGUGCCGUCUUUCGCGCCUGAUGAAAUCCUGCCCCCGGGCACGGUGACAGAGUCGACUAUGGUGUUGCUUCUCAGCGUGAUCGACUUCGAGGGUACCUGGAAGUACCCCUUAGACGCCAAAGCCUUGGGGCAGGGUUUUUUCUACGAAAGCCCGUGUGACCCAAAUACGGUGGACACGAUCAGGCAGACGGGACGGUUCAGGGUGUUUGAUGCUACCAAAAACCUGGGUGCCAUGGUGGUUGAGGUCCCCUACCAGGGGCCGAAAGACACCUUCAGUUUGCACACGAAGGACAGAACUCCCGAAAUCGCCCUGGUCCUCUUCAUUCCCACGGUCAUGGAUGGCCAAGAGGAACUCGAACGUCGACUAAACCUGAUGAAUGUAAUCGACCUGAAGGAAACACUUUCCUCGCUCAGCUUCGAAACGUGGUACACGGACCAACUGCCGCCGCUACAGGACAGCGGCCCUCACGCAGUGAGCGCUGCGAUUCACGCGUCCGCUUUUCGCGUCUGCACGAAGAGCGGCGCUGCUCAGGCGAUGAAGACCACGUCAUCCAAAGGCAGAGCUGCAGCUGGCUGCCGCCACUCCGUAGACCGGCCGUUCUUUUUCAUGGUGACGAGCAGUGACCCGGACGUCAUGCUCCUGCUAGGUUCGGUCAAGAGCAUUGAUUGGUAG